AAUACUUGAGACUAGCGAGCAGACUUUUGGUGCAAAGUUGCAGACUAGACUCUUGUCAAUCGUCAAGUGAAUUGUCAGGAGACGCGAUUAGAGUUUUGCUUGUUACUUAUUUUAUUCAUUAUUAUUAUUAUUACUGUUGUUAUUAUUAUUAUUAUAAUUAUUAUUAUUAUUACCGAUGUUGGUGUUUAUUUACAAAAUAAUUAAGUGAAAUUUAAAAAUUGUUAUUUAACGUUUGGUUAUUAGCAAGAUAAAAUAUUUAAUGUAAAAAAUAAUUGAUAUUUGUUUAAGAAUCUCAUUAAAAAUAAAACAAUAUACCGGGCUAAUAAAUUAGAGUUUAUUAUAACAGUAAUAAAUAAUACCUGCAGUAAGAAGAAUAGUGAUAAUAAUAAUAAUAAUUGUUUGCUAAAUAAUGGAAGGAGUCGGAGGUGUAUUGACGGCAGAACGUAGCCCGGCUCGUGCUAAUUUGCACGUGGCUUUCACGGAAAAAGGUGAAGUUAAAGAAAAACGUGAGAAAUUUCUCACGGCUAAAUAUGGUUCACAUCAGAUGUCUUUAAUUAGAAAGAGACUCGCUGUUGAGAUGUGGCUCUUUGAUGAGCUUCAGAAGCUCUAUGAAUCAGUGAGUGAUAAUGGCAAGAGUCGGGAAGUUGAGGUUGAUAUUGAUGAAUUGUUGGAUAUGGAUAGCGACGAUCAUAGGCGAAGUUAUUUACAAGAACUAUUGGUUGAUGCUAAAAAACCCCAUGAUGUAAAGAAAUUCAUCAACGAUUUGCUGGAAAAGGCAAAAACACUCUGAAAAGUAUGUACCUGCCAUGGAUUAAAUAUACUGAUACGCAAGGUCGUGAUUUGCUCAGCUUUUUUAAUAAUAUAGAAGAGGCCAGUGAAAAAAAAAAAAAAAAAAAAAAAAAAAAAAAAAAAAUUACACAAGUAAGUUAUCAAUUGAUAUAAAACAGAAUUCUUAAAAUUGAUAAAGCUCAAAAGAGUAAAGGUACGACUUAUAUAAGACAGCGUAUUUAAUUAAUCUUUAUUAUUGAUAUUAUCAUUAACAAUUAUAUUUUUGAUUUAUAUUUUAUUAUUUUAUAUUCAGCUAAGAAUUUAUUAUUAUUAUUAUUAUACAAGAAUUUAACAUGACUGAAUUCCUACUUAAUUUAUCUCGCUUUGGAUCUAAUAAUUUUGAUUUACUGCUGGUUGGAAAGUUAAAAGCGAUGCCAUCCAAAUAAUCGCGUGGCAAAGUUUAAUGGUACAAAAAAACAGAUUUAAAAAUAAAUUUGUCAGAGCAAUAGAUUUUUUAAAUUUGUAUGAGAAAAAUUCAGCGGUUGAGUUGGUGUAAGAGAAAUAAAAAAGAAAAAGAAGAAGAUAAAUAAUAAAAUAAAAUUAAUUAGAGUCACUAGAACAGAGACCCGUGGCACUUGAACUAGUAAUUUUUAAUAUCAGUAAUAGGCAAGUCAAUAAGUGCCAAAUAGAUAUCACGUUCCAAAAAAUAACUUUAGAAGUAACACACAAAUAAAGUAAAUA